AUGCCUCCUAGGAUUCGCGGCACGCUCUCCUCCAAGGGCUUGUCGCGCGGAGGUGCCGCAGCGGCAGCAGCAGGAGGAACAGGCGUGUUCUUCUUCUGCCCAUCUUGCGCCGCUACAUGGAGGAGGAGUAGUAGUAGGCGGACGCUGGCGACUCAGCGUCCCGACGACAGCUUUUCCAGCUUUUCUUCUUCUUCCCGGCGAAGAAGAAAAGAGAACAACAACCACCACCUGACCAGCACCGUUCUUCAUCGUCGUCCGGCGUCGGUGCUCGCGACGGCGGCAGCAGUCAGUGCGGCGAACAGAAAUAAUAAUCAUGUCCCCGCGCGAUUCAGAGAGUUGUACGAGGCCUUGGAGGAGGUGAGAGAGGCUGUGCCGGACAAGAUCAGUCUGAGUCGCUUCCAGCUUGCGAAGAGGGGGUUGGAGUCUGAGGAGCCGGUUAUUCGUGUUGCUGUUCUCGGCUUAAAUGAUGUUUCUACCACACGCCGACUGGUCCGGUUGCUUCUUGCGGAUCCGUUGAGCGAGAGAGAGCCCUGGGAGGAUUUGUUGGAGUCUUACGGUACAGAUUGGUCGCCGGGAUUACUUAUACGUUACGGCGAACAGUCCGGUAUGAUCCGUAAUAACCUGCUCCCUACGGUAUCGGUUCCAUCCGCCCUCUUGAAGAAAGGAAACAUUGAAAUCUUGGUGAGCUCGCUGGGCGCUGGCACGGAGCCGGCUGGUGCUCGUGUCACUGAGGAAACCUUCCUUGUCCCGACCAUCACGAUCCGCACGUCUCACACGGGUAGGCACAGCGUCGUCCGGUAUCCGGUACACAGAACCAUCGUUUGCGGCACCGGCGUAGACAGUCUCCUUGCGUACAGCCGCUUGGUUUCUCGCGCUAACCUCCAGAGAGGGGAGCGGUCGGUCCAUGGCGCCAUCGAGCUGAAAAUAGAGGAGAAGCAGCAGAAGGCCGAUAGUAAGGUGACGUUUGUGGACACGAGGAAAGCUGAUGAGGCAUUGGCAAAGUUCCGCGAGUCGGUCCAGAACGCCUCGGAUUAUGAGCGUGGAUGGACGACCAGCGGAGUUCAGCCGCUUGUGGAUUGGCUAUCCACGACGCAACAUAAGGAGGGCUUGGACCCAGACUUGGAAGCACUCAUUCAAUCGCUGCUGGAUGCGGCCGAGGAAGGUGUCAGAGCCAAGGAGGCCCAACGCCUCCGGGAACAAGAAGCGGCGUCUAUCCCAGACGAGGUGCGCGAACAACUGGACAGGACGGUAACUGUUUGGGCGGAGAGGGCCCACACCGAGCUUCGAAAUUCCCUCGAGGAAGGGUUUGCGAGCAAGCGUUGGCGGGGGCUCGCGUGGUGGAAGCUGUUCUGGCGGGUUGACGACGUGGGAAUGAUCACGUCGGAGAUCCUGGAAAAGAGAUAUCUCUGCCAGGCUGAGAAAGAGGUGAUCUGGACGGCCGGCCAGAUUAAGCAAGCCGGGCUUCUUGAUGAGCGUGCGGACUCGGAAGAUGAAGCAGCCGAUAACGCCGAAAGCGAAAAACAAGAAGAACCAGCUCCGAUGCAGGAAGAGCAGCCGUGGCCGAUGCAGGUGGCCACGAGUCGCUCCCAGCUCAGCAAUACAACGGUGCCGUCUUUGCAGGCACUGUCGCAAGGCCUGGUGCUCUUCAGUCUCUCCACGACGGCGCUGACGUCGGCUCUCUCGGGCCUGUUGUACGCAUCUUCAUCGACGUCCAUGUACGAAGCCUGCACGGUUGCCGCAGUAGGGUUGAUCUAUUCCUUGCGACGACAGCAAAAGAAGUGGGAGACGGCGCGCACGUUCUGGGAGAAGGAGGUGCGGGAGACGGGACGCCAGGCACUGAAGGAAACGGAGCAUGUCCUGCGCACCUUGAUCCGGGAGGGCGGUCGUCGACAGGCGGAAGAAUUGCCUGAGACGCGUGCGAGGGCGACCAUUGAACGGGCGAGGAAGGCUCUUGAAGCUGCGAAGCGUGGAUGA